AUGCUCAAGAAGGUCGAUCCUUCGAAUCGAGUGUUGGAGGCAUAUUUACUCACUAUCAGCACAAAUGAUGGUACUGGUGUUUUGUUGGCAAAACAUGAUGAAGGUUCUUCGAAUAAAUCUCGAAAACAAGAGACAGCUGAUGAUUUUCCUGAAGAAAAAUUUGAUCAUUCACCCAAGAAUAAGGAUGGAGUAGUGAUUAAUGUUUCGAAGAAGUUAGAUAAAAAUGUUGAGCCUGAAACUGCUGCACCUUCAAAGGAAAUUGUUCCUUCAAAAACGGGUGUAUUCAAGAGGCUUAAAAAGAAAGCUCAUAGAUCACGCAUUUCUCCUGAACGAUCUGGUAGUUUUUCUCCUUCUGUUGUUCAUAAGUCGCAUGUUACAAGAAAAGGUCUUAUAAUUCGUGAGGUUCAUGUACCUGUUUCUCCGGCAUCAAAGAAACGAAGGGUAGAAGAUAUGGCCAAACAUCUUUCAAAGAAGAAACAAAAGAAAAUUCACAAGAUGGUUAUUCGUGAUGAUUCUACUGACGAAGAAGUAGUUCUAGAUUCUUCGGUGAUCAAUUCUCCCAUUACUUCGAAUGUUGAGACUUCUGUUGCUGUCUCUACAUCUAUUGUUUCAACAAAAGUUUCUACACCAGAACAGAUUGUAGUUACUUUACCUCCGGUGUUAACUAUCGAAACAUCUCAUGCUCCAGUUCCACCAGCGCACGAAGAAGGGAAUGAUCUAUCACCUUGA